GAAGUCGCUGUGGAAGCCAUCCACCCCUCACACCUACACGCAUACACGUCCCCCCCUCAUUCUGUACAGCACACCCACAUAGUCACUGUUUUUCCUAUUAGUUCUCGCACACUUGGCAGGAUGGACGCCAUGGGGAGCCCCUUCAGGAGAGUUACGGACAGCAGGACCAGCUACAGCUACAGCCGCUCCGCAGGCGGCCCCUCCACCGGCGGAUUCCGCUCCCAGACGUGGUCCCGGGCCAGCCCGGCUUCCAACGUGAGCGCGUCGUACAAGAGCACCGUCAACAAGCCCCGAAUGGACACCUUCGAACUGAGCCAAAGUUCCCUCCUGAGCGCGGACUCCUCCAGGCGCUCCAACGAGAAGGAGCAACUCCAAGGGCUGAAUGACCGUUUCGCCGUCUACAUCGACAAGGUGCACUACCUGGAGCAGCAGAACAAGCAGAUCGAGGAUGAGAUCCAUGCCCUGAGGAACCAGCAGGUGUCCCGCUCGCAGUUGGGCGACCUGUUCGACCAGGAGCUGCAGGAGCUGCGCACCACGCUCGAGCAGAUCCACCGCGACAAAGCGCAGAUUCAGCUCGACAGUGACCACCUGGAGGACGACAUCCUGAGGCUCAGGGAGCGCCUGGAUGAGGAAGCCCGCAUCCGGGAGGACACCGAGGCCAUCAUCCGCCUCCUUAAAAAGGACGCCGGUGACUCGGACAUGCUCAAAUCCGAGCUGGAAAAGAAAGUCCAGUCGCUGCAGGACGAGGUCGCCUUCAUCCGCAACAACCAUGAAGAGGAAGUCAACGAGCUUCUGGGCCACAUCCAGGCGUCUCAGGUGACCGUGGAGAGGAGAGACCCGCAGCGGGCCGACAUCACCGAAGCUCUGCGCGAGAUCCGCAGCGAGCUGGAAGGCCACUCGGACAAGAACCUGCAGCAGGUUGAGAGCUGGUUCAUGUGCCACUACACCAAACUGAACGAAGCGUCCGAGCAGAACAAGGACGCCAUCAAGAACGCACGCGACGAGAUCAACGACUACCGGCGCCAGCUGCAGUCCAAGACGGUCGAGCUAGAGUCGGUGCGCGGCACAAGAGAAUCCCUGGAGCGGCAGCUGGGCGACAUUGAGGACCGCCACAACGGCGACCUAGGCAGCCUGCAGGAGACAAUCCACCAACUGGACAAUGAGCUCAAGAGUACCAAAUGGGAGAUGGCACGUCAUUUACGCGAGUACCAGGAUCUGCUCAAUGUCAAAAUGGCCCUGGAUAUUGAGAUCGCUGCAUACAGGAAACUCCUAGAGGGCGAGGAGACCCACUUCAGCACAUUCUCCCAUCGUCCGGCUGUUUCGUCCGCCAGAAUGUCACUUUCCAAAUCAGAACCUCCCAGGAUGAAGGUGCAACACAAGUUUGUCGAGGAGAUCAUCGAGGAGACCAGGGUGGAAGAUGACAAGACCGACAUGGAGGAAGCCCUGGAUCAGAUUGCGCAGGAGCUCUCGGCCACACUUGAAGAAAGUGGAGGCGAGGAGGACAAAGAGGAAGGUGACGAGGAAGAUGAGGUGGAGGAAGAGGAAGUCGUAGCGGCAACUGAUGCUAAAGUUAGCUCCGAGGCACCGGCGAAGGAGGAAGAGGGGGAUGAUGAAGAGGAAGAAGAGGAAGAAGAUGAGGAUGACGGAGAAGAUGAGGCAGGUGAUGAGGAAGUGGUAGAAGAAACUGUCCUCUGCUCAAAAACCCAAGAGUCCAAAGCCAUUCCCGAGAAAGUAAAGGCUGAAGACGAGGAAGAGGAGGAAGAAGAAGAAGCCAGCGAUGAAGAAGAGGAAGCGGAUGACGAAGAGGGUGAAGACAAAGCAUCCAAAGAUGGAGACGACGAGGAUGACAAGGCAGAUGAAGAGGAUGAGAAGGUUGCAGUUGAAGACAUUGUGACAGAAACCAUUGUCGCCAAAGUACAAGUUCAGAAAACAGAAGCUGCGAUACCUGAAGCCAAAAAGGAAGGACUGACAAAACCAGAUUCUCUUAAACCUGAAUCUCCAAAAGGUGGUUCCUCAAAGUCUGCAUCCCCAAAAGCUGGAUCUCCAAAAUCUGAAUCCCCAAAGGCAGGUUCUCCAAAAUCUGAAUCCCCAAAGGCUGGUUCUCCCAAAUCUGAAUCCCCAAAAGCUCCUUCCCCCAAGACAGAAUCCCCCAAAGCUGGUUCUCCAAAAUCUGAAUCCCCAAAAGCUCCUUCCCCCAAGACAGAAUCCCCCAAAGCUCUUUCCCCCAAAACAGAAUCCCCCAAAGCUCUUUCCCCCAAGACAGAAUCCCCCAAAGCUAUUUCCCCCAAGACAGAAUCCCCCAAAGCUCUUUCCCCCAAAACAGAAUCUCCAAAAGCUCCUUCCCCCAAAACAGAAUCCCCCAAAGCUCUUUCCCCCAAGACAGAAUUCCCCAAAGCUAUUUCCCCCAAGACAGAAUCCCCCAAAGCUCUUUCCCCCAAAACAGAAUCUCCAAAAGCUCCUUCCCCCAAAACAGAAUCCCCUAAAGCCGGUUCCCCCAAAACUGAAUCUCCUAAAGCUUCUUCUCCCAAGACAGAAUCCCCUAAAGCUACUUCACCAAAAACAGAAUCCCCUAAAGCGGCUUCUCCCAAGGAAGAAUCCCCAAAAGCUGGUUCCCCCAAGACUGAAUCCCCAAAAGCUCCUUCCCCCAAGUCUGAAUCCCCAAAAGCUGGUUCCCCCAAGUCUGAAUCCCCAAAAGCUCUUUCCCUCAAGUCAGAUUCUCCCAAAGCCGAGUCCCCUGAAUCAGAAUCUCCCAAGCCUGCACCCCCCAAAGAAGCCUCACCCAAAACUACUCCCCCAAAAGCAGAGUCUCCUCAAUCUGAAACUCCCAAGCCUGCAUCACCCAAAGAAGACUCCCCAAAGGCCGGUUCACCAAAAGCAGAGUCCCCUAAAUCAGAAUCCCCCAAACCUGCAUCCCCCAAAGACACCUCACCCAAGGCCGGCUCCCCAAAAGAGGAGUCUCCUAAAUCAGAAUCUCCCAAGCCUGGAUCCCCUAAGGAAGACUCACCAAAACCUGACUCACCAAAGACCGACGCGACCAAACCAUCCGACGACAAAAAGAUUGACGAGAAAACGACAAAGGACGCCGUCAUGAACGGUGACGUGGACAAAAGCAGCCCGAAAGAAGACCAGAAGAAGCUCGGCGAGGGCAACGACGUGAUCAUCAACGGCGUGGACGAGAGCCCCGUCAAAGACGACGGUAGCCAGAAGGUGGUGAUCACCAAAACGGUGGAAACCAUCACCACGGGCGAGGACGGCAUGCAGCAAGUCACCAAGUCCGUCACCGUUACCGAAACAGUGAAGGAGGUCGAGGAGGUUCUGCAGGACAAGAUGGUCUCCUCCAUCAAGACGGAGAAGCACUCCACCCAGACCAUCAAGCAGGUGACGGAGAGCGACUGAGGAGGCGGGCCCGCCGACGAGCAAUCAAGCAGAACUAACCUACGAGAACACCAUGCAGCUAGAGCGACAUUAUCAAACAUACUUAGAGAGAAGCCAAACGCUACAAAUGUUAGACAUGCAUGUUUGCAGAUGCAAGGAGGAGGGCGAGCCAUUCAGACAUUUUAUCUUUUACCCUUCUUGUCGCAGUGCAACUGAUGGGUUUGCGGUUUUCGGGGAUGGGCGGGGCUUUGCAUGCUAUUUAGCUCAGGGGCAGGAGGGGGAGGGGCACUUUCCUCUCCUAUGUAUGGCCAAGAGAUAAGGAUUCACUUUAGAGGGGGUAUGAUGUAUUUUGUCGAGUGGGGGCGGGGCUAGGGGCGGGGCCUCUGCACACCUACACAUGCUGUGCUGAAGCAGCCUUAUACGUGACAUAUGAAUAUAGCAACUCAGCCAAAAAGAAAUCACACACCUGCCGCAGCGAAUGACAACAGGACGAUCCGAUAAGCGUACGGAGUUUCCGGGAAAGUCCUUCUCGCCUUAACCGUGCUUUUCAAUCCGUUCCGUCUACCCGAGUGCAGAUACAAAGAAAUACCGUAUUAGUGCUUAGGGGGUCUUGCGUUCUCGUAUGGGAAGCGGAAAUCCAGAAAAUAUAUGAGGUGCUACUUGUUUGCAGUCCCACAGCCGUACGCAUCACUUGAUGAUUUCCCAGCAGCAUUUGCUCAAUAAACAUCAUGAAAUCAAAUAGU